AUGGGCUCUUGGGCCGCGAAUCGGGAGAACGGCAUCAGGAAUUUUGCCUACUCUCUGAAUAAUAUCAUCAACCCGUCAACAUACCAGACAUUAGACAAGCCUGCAACCGAUCUCGAAGUACGGCUUCAUCGACACGCUCUUCCCUCCUGCACGUUGGAGAACGGCACGGUACCUGAGGGCGACUUCUACCGCCCCACGGAGUUCACUGCUACAGGCGACCGCAAGCCGUUGGUGCUCAAGCAUGGGAACUCGCUCAUCGUGCAGCUCGUCCUGAAUGGGAUGAAGAUCCAGGCGUGCCGCCCCUCGUUCCUCGAUGCACGCGACGCGAUUCUCGAUGCGGACGAGGUACUCACCGGCGGCGAGAACUAUUGUGACCUCUACGCCGGUUUCGUCUCGCGAGGCCUGGGCCCGAACGCCCGCGUCGACGGUCGACGGGCGCUCCCCGUGGGGCGGAGGUGUGCGCACCAAUGA